ACAUCAGCCGACCAGGGGCAGUCAAAAUGAGUGACAAUACUACUUUGGCUCCUCCAGCUGCAAGCCAAGCUCCUGCCACCCCACGCAAAGGGCCUCCCAAGUUCAAGCAGAGACAGACUCGCCAAUUCAAGAGCAAACCUCCUAAAAAGGGUGUGAAAGGGUUUGGAGAUGACAUUCCAGGCAUGGAGGGACUAGGAACAGAUAUCACGGUGAUUUGUCCAUGGGAGGCGUUCAGCCACCUGGAACUGCAUGAGCUUGCCCAGUUCGGGAUUAUCUAAAGCACCAGGGGUUCUGCCAACGCUCAGCAACAUCUGCUGUAAAAUUGACUGCUUUUGCUCUAUUGUUCUG